AUGGCGGACUACAUACUCAAGAGGAAGAAGACCGGAUAUGUGUUCUCCGCCCAAGUCAAGAAAUCCCUUGAAGACCCUGCCGUGGAUGCCCCCGAUGGAACCCUGACAUAUACCCAAUUUGACGAUUAUUCCACUCGUUUAGCUCUCCAUCUCCGCAGCAUACUCACCGACAUCACCUCUGAUGAGAUUGUGCCCAUCUGUUUCGACAAAUCUACCUGGCUGGUCGUCUGCAUGAUGGCAGUGUCAAAAGCAGGCAUGGCCCACAGUCAGUCCAAGAGUGAUGUUAGUCGAGAAUUCUCCGGGACGGAUCUCAAGCUCGUGGCGAACGUGACCGAGAUAUGCAGCAGCGUCUCUGAUAGCGCCGAAGAUCCUGGAAAAGACAAUGAAGACCCCAGCCUGCCAGUCAACCAGCCAACCGAUCUCGCCUACGUGUGUUUCACCUCCGGAUCGACAGGUCUACCCAAAGUAGUUCAGCACACGCACAGCGGAGCCGUCUCCAACGUCGUCCACGGCCAUGGCUACGCAGCAGAGAGCCGCGUUCUGAAUUUCGCCUCGCAGGCUUUCGCCGCCAGCACUGUCACGACCCUCAAGACGCUGUGCAACGGAGGUUUACUCGUGCUACCACCGGAGAAAGAGCGCAUGGGUGGUAUCGCAAACUUCAUCACCAGAAAGGAAAUCACUAGAACGGUGCUUACGCCCACGUUACUCAAUCUUUUGAGCCCGGACGAUGUAAAGUGCCUGAAGUUUUUGACUGUAGGCGGCGAGCCUGUGACCCAGCGACUCAUCGACAUCUGGGCGCCGCGACUGUCGCUCGUAGAGGCGAUUGGCAUGACAGAGUUCAUGAGGGGUUGUGCGUGGAUUGUUGACGUAGAUGAUGCGGAUACGUUGGCGCCGAUUGGGGAGACGGGAGAAUUGCUUUUCGAGGGCCCAGGACUGUUCCAGGGAUAUAGGAACAACGACGAAGCAAACGCAAAGGCCUUGAUCGAGGAACCGCUUGCCUGGGCGAAGAAGAGAGGGGAAAAUAGACCGGUGAGGUUGUUCCGGACGGGAGACUUGGCAAAGUAUAUGGAGGAUGGCGUCGUGCAGAUCGUGGGGAGGGAGGACACGCGUGUCAAGUUGUACGGGCAGCGUUUCGAGCUUGGGGAGGUGGAAACGGCCAUGUUGGAUUGUCUGCCACCUGGUGUGAUUGUUGCGGUGGAGAUUGUGGAACCAGCGAAUGGCAACGGGCCUAUGCUCGUGGCCUUCAUCAAUGGUUUAUCUGGAGACUUUUCCACCGAGGCAAAACAUUUGAGAGAGCGACUUGCGACCAAAGCUCCGGAUUACAUGGUACCACGCGGACUGGUGGAGCUCGAGAAUCGACCAUUGAACGCGUCUGGAAAACUGGAUCGGAAGCUAUUGCGUCAAAGAGCUGCUGCGAUGCCAUUGAUUGAGCUGGUGAAGCAUACUGGCUCUUUGGAAAAGGCUGUGCCAGAGACACCAGAGGAAAAGGCUAUGCAACAGCUUUGGGCCACCUGCAUCAAGCUCAUUGCAGAAGCACGGAAGGGUGAUGUUGGUAUAUCUAUCGAAGAUAUCUUGCAGCACAGGACUCUCCAAGCCAUGAAUGCAGUGGCAAGUUUCGGAGUGAAUGACCAGUCGAACAAGCCAGGGAGUGAAGUUUCAACCUAUACGAUAGGUACAAUCGCCUCCACUUUCCCCCAAGACGAUGUUGAGGAGAUCGCUUUAGCGACAGAUUGGCAGGCUUGGUGUAUCGGCCAGGGUCUGCUCAAGCCCCAUGGCUGGCAUGAUUACAUGGUUUUCAAGUUCAAGAAGCCGCUGGACACUGACAAGCUGCGAAACGCCUGCCAGCAACUCGUCGAAAGACACGCCAUCCUACGGACGAUCUUCUCUGUCAAGGAAAGACAAGCCUUCCAGGUCAUUUUAAAAUCCAAGGCUUACCCAUUCCAAUUCGCUGUCAAGGAUUCAGUGGACGGCAAGGAUAUGGAUCAGGAUGUCGAAGAGACCAUCCAGCAAGACAUGAAGCGCCACACGCAACUUGGCGACCCUCUGGUAGCAUUCACGCUAGUCAAAGACGCCACAGACAGCAUGCACCAACUGAUCCUUCGGAUCUCUCACGCUCAGCCAUUGGAGGUCAUCCCAUUCACCAAGUUCUACGCCGAAGCAUCCCUGGCGAGUACCAAUUCCGAAUCCCACUGGAAAGAAGCCCUGACCAAUAGCUCAAUGAGCCAGUUGAGGACCCACACCCGCCCCAGCGUGAGCUGCCCCAUCAACAGCGUCGUCAAAGCCUCCAUUCCAUUAGUAGACCUGAACGCCUCUGGUUUCACGACCGCAACCGCCGUGUUCGCCGCAUGGUCUAUAGUCUUGUCGAAACUCACAGGUCAGGACUCCGUUGUAUUUGGUUACAUCAUCUCUGGACGACACCUGCCCAUGGCCAAGAUCUCAGAGGUUCUGGGCCCAUGCAUGAAUGUCCUGUCUUUGCACGCCAACGUCUCGUCGACUGGGCAAACCGCUUCACUUCUCAGCUCGAUCCAGAGCAGCUACCUCAAGUCGCUCCAGCAUGGCAACCUGGGACACCACCGCAUCAUAGAGAAGUGUACCAACUGGCCUCGGUGGACGCACUUCUCUUCCAUAGUUAACCAUCUCAGUUUCGCGUUUGUUGAUCCUCCAUUCUCUGAACACGGGGGGUGCGACUUCAAUGUUCAUGAGCCGGAGCAUGACAAGGCUGAUAUUUGGCUGCAAACCUUCGCUCAGGCUGAUGAGUUGGAGGUUGAAUUGAGAUAUUCGGCUGAGACUUUCUGCAAAGACUGGGUCAAGACGGUGCUGGACUACUUUACCACGGUAUACCAGCAGCUUCCUGAUGUAUUGGAACGCCAGAUCUCAGAGACCCUCCCGAAGACCAGUGUGACAGUGCCCCAAGAUGUUCCAGUCGACUGUCUACAGCAGAUGAAAGUGGACUCGCCGCCACUGCCAGAGUAUCCCAAGGCUUUGGAAGAGAUAGUCUUGUCGUCCUGGGAGUCGGUGCUAGGAGCUGACUUCAAGUCACAUCCUGGAUUCACGCAUCAGACGCCGUUUUAUGAGAUCUGGGGCAAUGGAAUCGCCGCUGCUGCGUUGGCUUCUGAAUACUCAAAGAGGGGGUAUUCUGUCAGUAGUGAAGAGGUGCUAGAUUUCCCAUCUGUUGGAGAAACUGUUGCUCAUCUGUUGACACGUACGAAGAGCGAGAGCCCAUGA